AUGGAGCCAGCCUCGUUAGAUGUGGGAAAGUCGGUGCGGAGUCCAGGGCAACAUCGCGCUGCCCGCGUCCGACAUUGUCCACCGUUAGGGGCUGACUUUAAAGCUUCAUCGACAAUAAUGAUGCUGAACCCGAGCGAUGGGAAUCCACCUUUUUGUCUGCGCCCGCGCCUUUUUCGCAAUGCUACGAGCGGGUUGGGCGGCCUCCCCGCGUUCGCCCGGGGAAAGAAUAUCCGAAUUCUGAAUUCAAUUACAAAGGAGGCUCCUACGCGAGGUGUGCCGCUGCACCCGCGCCUCCACCAAAAAGGGUGUAUGACAACUCAAUUCCUCCUUGUUAUUAAGACGGCUGCGGAUGGGGGCUGGGGCGAGGAAGAAUGC